AUGAGUAAGGAAAAAGAAAGAGAAAUUAUUGAACGAUUUACCGAAAAUCUCAAUCAAAAAGCCAAAGUCAACGAGUUGGCGGUAAUUGGACGAGAGGGGGAAAUUAAGCAAUUAAUUUAUGUCUUGUCGCGAAUGAUGAAAAACAACCCAUUGCUGAUUGGUUAUCCCGGAGUGGGAAAAACCGCCCUCGUAGAAGGAUUAGUCCAGAGAAUUAAGCAGGAGCGAGUUCCUGAUUAUUUAAAAGGAAAGGUCGUUUACCAACUUGAUAUGAUUUCCUUAAUGGCUGGAACUAAAUUUCAAGGGGAAUUGGAGGAAAGAUUAAAAACUAUUUUCAAUUUUAUGGCUCAACCAGAAAAUAACGCUAUUCUCUUUAUUGAUGAAAUCCAUUUAAUCGUGGGAGCUGGCCGCAGUCAGGGAGCCCUCGAUGUCUCUAACCUCUUAAAACCAAUGCUUUCGCGAGGCGAAAUUCAAUGUAUUGGAGCAACUACUCAGGAAGAAUACCGCCAAUACAUUGAAAAGGACGGAGCCUUAGUGCGUCGUUUCAGCAAUAUAUUAGUCCCGGAGCCCAGCCGAGAAGACACCUUAAGGAUUUUGCAUGGUAUUCGUAAUUAUUUGGAGAUUUAUUAUGAGUUAAAGAUUUAUGAUGAAGCCUUGUUAGCAGCCGUUAAUUUUUCGCAACGCUAUCUCACUACUACUUAUUUGCCGGAUAAGGCGAUUGAUUUGUUAGACGAGACCUGUGGCCGAGUAAGGAGCGAAAUGUGGUAUGAACCCGAAAUAAUUGAGAAAACUCGUCGGAGAUUAAGAGAAUUAGAAAUGAAUAUGGCGGCGGUGGAAAAAGAUAAAAAAAAUGAACCCGAAGCAUUUAACCUCCAACAAGAAAUAAAAAAACAGCGUGAGAAAUUAGAAGAAUUAUUAGAAUUAGACCGGAAAGAAAGCAAAAUUAUCCAGGAGUUAAAUCAUACCAAAAAAGAAUUAGCCCAAGCCGAAAGAGAAUUUGUUAUUUAUCAACAAAAAGAAAUCGACCUCGCCAAGGCGGCCGAAUUAAGAUAUCAUGCCAUUCCUUCCCAAAAGGAAAGAAUUAAAAAAUUAGAGGAGGAGGCGAGCCGUAAUGUGUUGAGAAAAUAUUUUAUAAAUCGGGAAGAUGUUGCUUUGACUAUUACUCAGAAAUAUGAUUUGCCGGUUGGAAGAGUCUUGGCCGACGAGCAACAAAAACUUCUUUUCCUUCCGGUUAUUCUUCAAGAGAGAGUAAAAGGACAGAGUCGGGCUUUACGGGCUGUUAGUGAUGCUAUUUUUCGGGCUCGGGCGGGGAUUCAGGACCCGCAUCGUCCUUUGGCAUCCUUUUUGUUUGUUGGGCCAACUGGGGUAGGAAAAACUGAAGUGGCUUUGACGAUUACCGAGCAACUUUUUGACCAAAAAAAAAAUCUUGUUCGUCUCGAUAUGACGGAGUUUUCUGAGCCCCAUUCAAUUAGUAAACUUAUCGGCUCACCACCCGGUUAUAUUGGUUUUGAGGAACGACCACGGCUCGAAAUUGUUCGGGAGAAAAUGAAUAGUGUGCUACUUUUUGACGAAAUAGAAAAGGCCCAUCCUGAAGUUAUUAAUAUUCUUUUACAGAUACUAGAUAAUGGAUUUCUAACUUUAGCUAAUGGCCGGGAAGUCAAUUUUCGCAAUACAAUUAUUGUUUUGACUACUAAUUUAGGUUCCGAGUUGUAUUUUGAGAAAAAGGAGAUGGAAGAGAUAAAGGAAGAUUUGGAGUUCGAGUUAAAAAAUCAUUUCCGUCCGGAAUUUCUCAAUCGUCUUGACGAAAUAGUUUUUUUUAAUUCUUUAACUAAAGAAGUUAUUGAGGAGAUUAUUAGCAAAGAAUUGGAGUUGUUUUUCCGGCGCAUCUGGCAAGAGAAAAAUAUUAAGAUUAGGUGUAAUAAGGAAAUGGUGGAAAAGAUUCUAAAAGAGUCCUAUUCAAUUGAAUAUGGUGCUCGUCCAAUUAAACAUUAUAUCGAAAAAAAAAUUG